GUCAACUUUUGGAGUAGAAUAAGAAACGGUGACAUUUCCGGUGGUUAAUAUAAAACUGUCUUGUUUAAAUUUACCCUUAGAGUUUCUGGGGUCUUCAUGGAGGAAUCAAAUGUUUCCGUAUCCAGCGUACCUACGGAGGAUUUUACACGACAGAAGUGGGAUUCUAACGCCCAGGGUUCUGUGUUCGUCAGCUGACCGCGAUGUUGUUCGAAAACACAAUAAGACAAAACAAGCUUCCAGCCCCCAGGUAAUCAGAACAAGUAAAAAAGAACGAUCCUCAUGCCAGCUCAUUUUGGAGCAUUUUGACCAUCAGUACAGCGAAGAGCUCGGGGAUUUGUGGGCAUCUGUGAGAUCUGUGCUGCUCGACCCUCCCUCUUGGCAGUACGGGGUUUUGCUCAACCGCUUUACCGUCGCGACAGACGUCAAGCGUGUCCUCUUGUCAAAAGGCUUUUCCACCCUACUGCCUCAGAAAGAAGCCCUGACAUUGCCUGGUGCUUUGCGCACUGUGUUCGAUGCUGACUGCCAAACAGCCAAAGGGUCUCUCUCCAAGUUUCCAAGUGAUAACUCGCAUCUCCGGCUUGACAAUGGUUCUCGAGCUCCCAUUCAGCAGGCUCAAUCAGAAGCUCGCUCGGGUCCGCCCUCCUCGCCACUGCAGUGUUACAUCCACCACUUUCCGCUGCGUUUUCCAUCGCAGGCUCACAGGCCCGGCCAGCUGAAGCAGUACUACCUCCUCAACGCCGCUUCCUUGCUCCCGGUGCUCGCUCUGCAGGUCCAAGACGGAGAGAAGGUUUUGGAUCUUUGCGCUGCUCCCGGGGGCAAAGCUUUUGCUAUAAUGCAGUGCGCUACCCCAGCCUUCCUUUGCUGUAAUGAACCCGAUCGUCACAGACGCGACCGGCUGACUAAAACCUUGGAGUCUUUCCUGCCGCGCUCAUUGAGCAGCCGAGUGGCGGUCUCGGCCCAAGAUGGACGGUCCUUUGGGCAAAGUGAGGCGGAGAUAUAUGACAAAGUCCUGGUUGACGCUCCUUGCUCCAAUGACAGGAGCUGGCUGUUCUCGUCUGCUGGCCAGCAGGUGGAACAGAGGUUAAAAGAGAGAGGCAGGCUGCCGCGGCUCCAGGUCCAACUUCUACGCUCUGCGCUGUCAGCGGUGCGUCCGGGGGGCAUCGUGGUCUAUUCAACAUGCACCAUGUCCAGCUCGGAGAACUUUGCCGUGGUUGAGGCCGUGCUCAAAGACUGUCCUGAAGCUGAACCCGAGGACCUCUGGGAGGAGAUUGCUCUUCCCUUAUCGAGCUACUUCACAUUUAGCCCCGCUCACCGCGGACUGGUACCUAACACCCGAUCCGCGCGGCCAGAGCGUGGCCGCGUGUCCUCAUAUGACCGCCGUCUGGGCAUCCUUGUGGUUCCCCAGCCUUGUAAAACCUGGGGGCCGAUGUUUUUGUCUCGGCUUAGAAAGAGGAAAUAAUGUGUCUUUUGCAGAGAGGGCCUUAUCUGAUUACAUUUUUUUUUUUUUUGCCUGCUUUCCGAAAAGCAAAAUAUUGACAUCCGACUUGUAAUUCACAAGUUCACUCAUUGACCUUUAACAGAGUUCCAAUUUCACCCACAAUGCAGUGCAUCAUAAUUUGACGUGAAAUCAAUCAUGUCGGGAUGCUGUUGCAAGUAUUCCCUCGACUCUCAAUUACAGGUGAGCCUCAAAUACAGUUUCUUUUUGUUCACGGCUGCAUUUAUUUGAUCAUUCAACUACAUUUAGGUGAUGAUUCUUGAGGGUGUGGGCACUCAGGCAGCAAACCGAGGUCCACUUUUACCAAAAUAAAGUGGGAACGGUACUUUGGCAAAUAUGUGAAGCUGUUCAUGUUUUUUUUUUUUUUUUGUUGUUUUUUUUUUCUCAACAUGUCCUCUCAUUCUAGCAGAAAAUGUAAGAGCGGUAAUCAUGUCAUGAAGUUAAAGCUCCCCUGCGCUGUCCUACACAAAAUUAGCAGCACUUUUUAAGUACCACUACAUCAAAUUAUACACCCUUCAACAAGUCAUCAAGUUCUAUCAUCCCCCAGAAGCUCAUUACCUGAAUGCUGUCAUGCCAGAGUGGUCAGUACAACUCUUAGCCGGCUGAAAAUGCUCAGACCUUAAAUGUCCUUGAAUGCGGCGUACAACCGCCCGCGUUUUAUCUUCUCAACACUAAAGUGGCGCCGAGUAGUGUGGAUGAGGCCAAGCAGUCCAACUUUUAAUCACGAACGAAUACGACGCAUUGAUGGAUGCGCGCCCCCUGCGUGAGGUUGAGUCACGCCGUUCAGAUUUCAUGCACGAUAGCCUCGAGGAACGGAGAAUGUGUUUGGGAAAACGUGGCGGUUAUCUGUAAUCCCCAAUCCGAGCAUGGCUGGCAUGCGCCGCCCCCCCCCCUCCCCACCCCGGUCACACUAUAAAUUCUGCCUGGCAACUAAUUGGACUUGGUGAAAAAUAUGUAAAAAGAGGUUACUGUGUUUACCAGGAGGCUAAUUAACAUUAGCGACUUGCUUUCCCAGGUUAGCUUUUUCAAGUUUGGUUGAUUUGAGUUGUCUGGGCAGUGUCCCACCCCGUCUCCUAUUAUGUCGCCUACCUAAGUGGAUGGUGCCCCAGCCAUUUACUUUAUUGUAUUUUUGGACCCUGGAGAUAAAGCAGAGCCGACUGAGGAAACAUUACACUGUGGCAGAUACAAUAUCCCCCGCACCAGUUCCAUCUCCCUUCAAUGGGUGAACGCACACCACUGAGUACGUUUCCAUGGUUAUUUUUAUUGGUCGUUUUUGCUGACCCUCUUUGAAAUGCAGCUGCCGGAUCUUAUCGACGCACGUCUUAACGCAAGGGCAAAAGAUACGGAGAUGAUCUGAGGCGAUAAGCGAGGGUACAAAAGGGUCAGCCAUCUUGCUGACCUCUGCGUGAACUCGGGUUUGUUGAUGUUCCCCAUGUUGCCUCGGUUCCUCGAGGGGGGAAUCUCUAAGCAGCUUUUCCUCCACUUCAAAGAGAGAGAAUAUAGGCCUGCUUUGCAUAAUCAGGUGGGGAACAGCUUUUUGCCAGAGAGGCAGGAAUUAAUUUGUGGCACCGCCAGAUGCAAUCAUUAACACCCUAGUCAUCGACAAUAACGAGAGGAGGAGGGGAAAUUAGAGCAGGAAAUGUAGUUUGGGUUCAGGAGAACGCUGCUCACAAUCAAUUGAACGCUGCCGAUGAAGUUAAUUUGUAUUGCUCUUAUUCCUUCAGAUUGUUUUUUUUUUCUGUGUGUGUCAUUAUAUAAACCUACUGUUAUACAUUUUUUUUGCUAACCAUUUGCUUGACAUACUUGGGAUGAUUUGAAAAGGAGGUGGAGCGUUGGUGUGGA